AUGACUGGAACUGCAACUACCUCUGACCAUGGCGGCUUGUACUACAUUGAGCUGAUCAAAUCCAACCUCCAGUACAUCCAUGGCAAGGAUUGCAGCUUCGAGGUUCUCUCGCAGGUCAAGGCCCCUGACCAGUGGAAAGUCAACAUCCUCAAGACAGAGGGCGGCCACCGGUCCACCCUCUUCUUCGAUUCGGGCGUCGGGUUUCUCAAUGUGCUGGAGAAGCUGCACCGCAAGUCGGCUGAGAAGCUGAGCAAGUACAUGGCAGACAAAACCGCUGACGCCCAUCCGUUCGCGAAGCGCAAGGCGGUUGAAGCGAUGAAGGCUGCCAGGGCUGCGUCUGGCAAAGACGAGAUGAAGGAGAAGACGCCGUCCAAAACUCCAGUUUCCCAGGCGACAGUUGAACCUACUCACGAUCCUCGUAUCUCGAACAACUCAGAUUAUGACAGUUCGGACGAUUUUAGCUCAGAUAGCAUUAGUGUGAGCUCCUUUGCGAGGGGCCGCAGGGCGCAGAGCCUCUGGCGUGGCAGGAACCUGUGUGACGAGAUUAUUUCUAUCAAGGCCGAUCCCAGCCUUCGCUCGAGGAGCUACGUUUGUCCCAACUAUGGACCGGCGAGCGCCUUCUACCGCGUAACUCCCAGUGGUCGUCCGGAGCCGCUUGACGAGGGUUUUAUUCGUAACAUUCUCAAGGCCGAUCGUGAAAGGAGGGCGGCAGAGAAGCGCGAGGCUGAGGCUGCAAAGACGGCUUCUGCUCCAGCUGUUGCUCCAGCUGUUGCGCCUGAGGCUAUCAAGGAUCAGGUUCGACCUCUGGUCUCUUUCGACCAGGUUCGACCUCCAGUCACUUUCGAAGCCGAACCGCAGGUGGUCAACGACUUUGAACGCUUGACGAUGCAACAUCCCGGCAAGAAACAGCGCGUUGAAGCUAAGCCAGCCCUCAGAAACGUGAUUGUGUACAUCCGGUGGCCCGAUUUCGGCGACGCGGUGGUGGCUGAUGAGUGCCAGCUCAGCGUUCGAGGGGUGCAGAGCCACAUACGAGACAUGCUGAAAGCUCAUGGCGCGAACCUGUUUACUCUUACAAGACCUGCCAACGCUCUUAUGUUUAUGACUGGACAGCUGGACAACUUUACCAUCGCUCUCAAGGCCAUCAGUUUUGAUGACCAGAGGUUCAUGCUGGGGCCCAAGGUUGGAGAUGAUUUGACCAAGGUUUCCAAGGACUCGGACAAUUGCAAGUCCAUUAAGAUUGAGGUUGAGUUGAAGUUUCCUUUGACAGGUAUGGGAGGUACUCUGCUGUAG